CUCGACCCAAUCUUUUGAGUCUCGCGCGCGUUGGGGAGCUUUCGUUCCAUCAUCGAUCGGGAUUAAACCAUGAUACCGUAUCUGUGAUGUGUCGCUGACCUGCGAACUCCGCCAUGGUCCUCCGAAAGUGCACUAUAUGUGACCGCAAGUUCAAAAAGACCGAGCAUUUCAAGCGACACGAACGGUCACACACCAAGGAGCGCCCGUACGAGUGCAGUGUGUGCCACAAGCGCUUCUCUCGCAGCGAUGUUCUCAGCCGACAUGCCAAGGGCCAUAAUCAACCCAAUGCCAGCGCUACGGCCGUGAAACGAAAGGAUUCUUCAACAGGACAAGCUUCAGAUCGGCACGCUUCGUUAAUCGCAGGUGCCUCGCCAAUGAUGCCCGGUCCAGCAAACGGGACACCGCUUCUUCCAGCCGUCGGUCCAGAGGCGCACCAGAUACACAACCUUGCCACUCCUGGUGAUAUGUCUCUCGCGGCGAAUGGUCUCCCAUCGUCAUCCCUGGAUUUCUUGGCUGAUAUAUCAGUGCGCGCUGGGCCCGAUAUUAAUUCCAUGAUGCUCAACGAGCAGCAGCCCUACUUCGGAUGGAAUGAAGUGAGUCCCGGCGACCAGAAUGCGCAGCGGAAUAGCAUCACUUUUGACACCGUGCCAAAUGAUAUGCUGCAGCUGUGGCUCGAGCCACGUACGGAUACGGGAUCCAAUCACGGCUCUUUGGAUCUGAUGAGAGAUGGCCAUUUCCCUAUCAUGAGCGAAAAUGCAGUGCUCACGCCAGACCAACAGAACGGCAAUUCUGUGGACAGCGGUAAAUCAGGCUGUGAUAAUAUUCCCACUGAACGAUUUACCAAAGUUCAACGGUGUUGGCUUGCACCGCCGAACCACACUGGCCGACUCAUGAACAGUCUGUGGCGGGACAUUGUCUACACAGACGGGGACAAUAUCUUUUCGGUGAACUCGCCAUAUGUGACAGAAGAAUCUGGCCUGCUCCAAGGAUCUCGUUAUGGCGUAGACAAUGAUUGUAGGAGACGCCUUCAGGCAGCCUUCGGUCAGGCCUUUGCCUACCCGCAAAUGCAGUCACCACGCAAUGAGGGCAUGUCCCCUUCUACGACCGGCUCAGGUUCUAUGUCGUUCGCCAAUUUCCCUCCCGCAGAGAUUCUAGACAUGGCGCUAGACCUUUACUUCCGCACUUUUCACCCACUUGUACCGUUUGUUCACCUUCCUACCUUUUCCGCGAAGAAAACGCGCCUUCCUCUGCUCUACGUGAUGUGUCUCAUCGGCAUGAUGCUGUUGGGAACUAAGGGCACGGCCAAUUUUGUUUCGAGGAAUUUUUCUCAUAUGCUAGAAAAAGUAACGGUCGAACUUGCCAAGUGUACCAUGGGAGUUGAGUCUCCAAAUAGCGCAAUGUCUAUUUUUGCUACCGCUUUCUUGUUCCUCAACCUCGCUGUUCUCACCGGGGAGAAACAUCAUCUGGAACAAUGUCAGAUGCUUUACGUGAAUCUCAUGUCGAUCACUCAACGCCAUGGACUCUUCGCUGCCACGGAGGGUCAGAUACUGGAUAUGAGCCUUUUUGAAAUGGUACCCGACAUCGACAUGCGCUGGAAGGCAUGGUCGAAAGUCGAGACAUGCAAAAAAAUCAUAAUCGGGUUGCUCCUCUUGGACUCAUGGUAUUCUGCUCUCCUCUCAACAAGCCCUAUCAUCGUCCCCGACUCGAUCCAGAUCAUCAUGCCCUGCAACGAAGCCCUCUUCAAGGCCCACUCAUCUAUACGCUGGACCCAGCUCAUCCGCAGCGGCAAGCGAAUCCUCAUGCCCACGGCGCUGGCGCCGUCCGAAAAUAUCGACAUCCCCGCCCUUGAAGGGCCUAUGGAUGAACUAUGUAUUCAGACCGUCCUCGCGAUGAUUCAACUCCGCCAGUCCGAAGCUUACCAUCGCCUGCUCUCCAAUCGCGCAAGCUAUCCCUUUGCCCCGUGUCACACGUACGCUAUGGACGGCCGCGCGAGAUGCCUUCCUUCUUUGCAGUCGCAGAUCUCAAGCACCUACGGUGAAGCAAUGGACCGACUGAAUCCCAACGCCCUCGUCAUGUGGCAUCAUAUGUGCAUGAUGCUCACAGCCGAUAUUCAAAUCUUUGAUUUCGCUGCUGGACGUGCCGGGCCGGCUCCGGCACGAAAAGCACUCGAUGACAUUGCUGAAUGGUCACAGACACCAGCCGCAAGGAGAGCGUGUUUGCACGCCGCCCACAUCUACAAAGCCAUGACCAACCGCAAAGCCUCCGAUCAUCCUACCUUUCACUCAGUCUUCUCGCUCUUCUCCGCGGCCCUCAUCCUUGGUCUUUACACAUUUAUGGCUCCUAGCUCUGCUAGCGGGCUAACCAGCGUUGGCUCUAUCGAGUUGAUGGACGAUAUUGAUUGGCAACAGGUUGGCACGGAAGGGUUUACGAGCUUUAUGGAGCCACGGGGAAGUCAGGCAUUUUCACCGACCAACGAUCCAGCGGUGAAUUUUAUCCGCAAUGGAGCAACGAUCUACUUGCGCGGCGUUCCCGUCCAGGGUGGGUAUCAAUCUGCUCGGCGGAUUCUUCUUGAUUAUGCGAACCUGCUCAAGGACUCGGGGAAAUGGAGUGUCAAGAAAUUCUCAUACGUCCUUCAUAUUAUGAGUGACGUAUUGAUGGACGUGGAAUGAGAACCCAUGGCUUUCUUAGUCGCCUGGCUUUAUGUAUACCUACUAUCAGAAUUCUUGGAGCAUUGUGGCCGGCUGGUUCUGACACGAAUAUGACUUUAAUUACAGACAUCGAUAUAGAUAAUGAAAAUAGGUACAUAGGUAAAGCACUGCUUAAAUAUUGCUCCAGCGUUGAACCAUGUUGUCUAUAUCUCAUGCAAGGGUCCUUUUCUGUACAGAGAGCAAAGAGCUCACAACGCUAAACACAAAAAUACGCAAUACGUCGGUGUUUCUCUCACCUACCGAUAGAGUAUUCCAUCGACCAUCUCCCCAAUAGCCAAGCAACUGGUCAAGCCCGGACUUUCAAUUCCCAACAGGUUCACAAAUCCAGGGAAACCCUCUUCCUCUUGGAUAAUAAAGUCCUGGAAUCCCUGGCCUACAUUCACAGCACCGCCACGGCCCAGUUUCGGCCGAAUACCGCAGUAAUCCAACGCGAUGGCCGACGGAUCCACGCCGGGCAUAUAAGACAAGAUCUCGGGGAUGGCCUGCUCCAAACGCGCGCUGCUAGGCUGUAGAUCAUUAGGAUCAUCCACCCACUCAACAUCCGGCCCAAAGCGAAUUCGCCCACCCAUGUCGAGCGUCAGAUGCGUUCCCAGACCCCCAUGUCCCGGCAUCGUUACUGGGUAUACCAGCACCGAGGUUCGAGGUCGUGACGCACUGUACGAGAAGUACGUGCCCUUCGCAUAAUGCGGGACUCGAUGACGCUCUACUGGGAGCAGCAGAUUAUUUAUCGCGCAAGCACCAUGGCCCGCACUAUUAAUCACCGUGUCGGCGGUGAUGCUCGUCUCCGAACCAUCCUCACCGGACACAGCCCUGAUUUUAUACCCCCCACCGACAAUGGGCUCGACGCCUGUCACGCGCGUCUUAAACGCGCAGUCCCCACCGCGAUCUUCAAAGUCACCGUGCAGAUACGUCAUCAGCGAGUGGCUAUCCACUAUACCGGUAGUCUCGCUCUCGACGAUACCCGCUUCGGCUCUAACGUCGGGUUCUCGGGUGGCCGCUUCGGCGGCACCGACGAGCCGAGUCGGGGCGUCGGCUAAGGCUUGGGCGUGGGUGUGGACCCGUAGACAAGCUUCCCAUUGUUCAGGGGUUUGUGCGACGAUCCAUUUUUUGGUGUUGCGGUGGGGUAUGGCGUGCUUGGAGCACAGUUCGUAGAGGAGAUUGCGGCCGCGGAUGCAAAGUUUUGUUUUUAGGGAGUCGGCCGGGUAGUAGAGGCCGGCGUGGAUGAC